AUGUGGCUGCUUAUGUCGACUCUCCUAGCUCCAUUCAUACUAUGAGUUUGAUGGAUUCACAUCAAAGCUGGAAUUUGCUAAAGCGGAAGGUGUUCAGAUGUAAAGACAUUCCUGUUGAAUUGGAAGACAUUGGCUUCAAAAUUGCUAAAAAUUGUGGUGGAUUGCCCCUUUCACUCGUGGUGGCGGCAGGACUUCUAUCUAAGAUUCCGAUUCAUAAUCGAGACUCAUGGAAGCAAAUUGCUGCAAACGGCGGGCAGCUUGAAACAAUAAUUUGUUUGAGUUAUACCCAUUUACACAAUCACUCGAAGCCAUGUCUUUUAUAUAUGGCUGGCUUUCCAGAAGAUUAUGAGAUUCGUGUCUCAGAACUCAUUCACCUUUGGAUAUCCGAAGGUUUUGUAACACUUUCAAAUGGAUCUCAAAGUUUGGAAGAGGAGGCAGAAGACUUUAUGGAGGAUCUUGUCGAAAGAAGUUUAGUUUUGGUCACCUACAGGAAGUCUGAUGGGAAAAUAAAGAGUUGCAGCCUUCAUGAUAUUGUGAGGGAAUUUCUCGUAAGGCAGGCUGCAAAAGAGAAGGUAAUUCUUUCUGUUAUGGAUUACUUACCUACUCCUAUCCUGCGAAAGCAUUUUGUUCCACGUCUCAUAAAAGAUCAUCACAUCAUAAGUGCUAGUUCGUAUGAUCUACAUCUCAAAGACUACGUGCAUAGCUCGCACAUCCGUAUCAUAAUAUGUAUUCCGAAUAAAGGAUAUAGAUCUGUGGGCUUUGUAGAGAAGUUUAGUUCGCUAAGGGUCCUUCAUGUUUUACGUAGAAAUGAUCAUUGGGAUUGGGAGCCAGGCCAAGUGUUCGAUCUGGUUCAUUUAACUUACCUUGCUUCCAACAUUCCCAAUAGUAUUGUUCCUUCAGCUAUAUCAAAGCUUCAGAAUCUUCAGACUUUAGUUAUUUAUAGAUCUGAGGUUCGUUUGCCCAUGGAGAUUUGGAGGUUGCGACAAUUAAGACAUCUUAUUGCUUUCUCAUUUCAACCCUUACCAAACCCUGAAGGUGAACAAAAUCCCCUUGAGAACUUGCAGGUACUUUCGCUGGCAAUGGACUUUGUGUGGAGUAAAAGAAUAGUGGAAAUGAUUCCGAACAUUAAAAAGCUGGGAAUAUGUUACUCCAAGGGGAAGUUUGAUGCGUAUGCUGGCUACCGCCUCAAAAAUCUUAAGUAUCUAUGUCGACUUGAGAAAUUGAAGUUGGAGAUGCGUGGAGGUUUUUUAUCUAGACAACUACAUGAUGAAAUGGUAUUGGGGAUGGGUGGAGGUUUUUCAUUAGGAAUAGUUCAUAAGAUACUUGGAUGGUUUUCAUUUAGACGAGCUAAAAAGAGACUUGGAGGUCUAAGCUUUCCUCUACAGUUGAGACGGUUAACCUUGAGUGGUUGGAAGCUUCCUUGGAGUGAUAUGACGAUUGUUGGUUCAUUACCUAAUCUUCAAGUGCUUAAACUAAGAAACUUUGCUUGCAGAGGCCAACGGUGGGAAACAUCUAAUGGACAAUUUCGUGAGCUGAGACUCCUUCUAAUUGACCGAUCAGAUUUGGUUUAUUGGAGAACAGAUGCUAGCCACUUCCCGAAACUCGAGUGCCUAAUGCUUCAUCAGUGUCGUUUUCUAAGGGAGAUUCGAAGUAAUAUUGGAGACAUUCAAACACUUAAAGUGAUUGAGAUCGAUGAGCGGUCCACGCGUCUUUUAUUCUGGGCAGAAAUGAUACAAAAGAAACAACGGGAUUCUGGAAAGCGUAGCUUUCUAGUUCGUGUGAAGCGUUCUUGACAUGGAUGAUGGCUAUAUGCCCGAUGCUGAAGACACACGACAUAAUGAGAACACCGGCUGGUCUUCUCGUACAAGAGCGGUUUCAAAGUAUCUGCAAUCUGCAUUUAUUAAAGAGGCAGAGUGUGGAAGGAAUGCUCUCUCCUUGGACAACCUCUUAAUUGGCAAAUCACGCAAGGGAAGCAUCGACGAUAUUUUUUGUAACACUGGUAUGCUUCUACACUUUGAAUUAAUCAAUUAUGAUCUUUAUAUACUCAAAACUCUUUUGUUAUAUUUCUAAAAGUAGUAUUUUUUUGUGUGUAAAUGAUCAUAUUACCACCUAUGCAUUAAAUUCAUAUCUAAGUUCAAAUAAAUCCUAUGUCUAGAAAACUUGGUUUGAAGGUCAAGAAUAGAGUGAGUUUUGAGUUCCGGCCAAUUUGAGUAUUUUGUUUUAUUUUCGUUGCCCAUUAGUUUGCUUGUGUUGCUGUCCCUUGGUAUAUU